AUGAAAAGCAUUUUAUCUGAGGAAGAUAAACUAAAGUUAACCAUAAAAAAAAACUACUUAGAGAGAGAUGCUAUUAAAACGAAAAUUAUAAAUUAUUUAAAUAGGUUAUCAUACCUAUGUUCAGAUGAUAAAGAUGAAUUUAACAGAAGGGAAAAACAGAAAAGGGGAUAUCUUGGAGACAACUUGGAAGGAUUUCCCGAAUUUAGGAUAGAAAAACGGCCCAAGUUGGAAGAUGACGAAACAACAGUAACCAGGAAUAGGAGACUUCUACAAGUAGGUCUUUUUGACCAUUUGAGAAAAGCAAAAGAUGCAUUAGAAGAAGAAAAGAGCAAAAAAACAAUUAUAAAACAGCAAAUGCAAAAUAAAAGAGUUGAACAGAAAUUACAAGAAGAAAAAAAAAAUUUUGAAAAAAGUGAACUUGAUGAUAUAGAAAAAAAAAUAAUUGCAUAUAGUAAGGAUAUAAAAAUUAUAAACAAUCAAAUAAAAACGGAUGAAGGAAAAUUAAUGAAACUAACAUUAAUUAACCAUUACGAAAAAAUGAAAAAUUAUAUAAGUACCAAUUAUAGUCCGACUAUUUUUUGGUGCCCUUUUAAAUUUAACGAAAAAACGGAAAUGCUACAAAAGCAGACAAACAAUUUUAUUAAAAAAAAAAUUGACGCCAUUAAGGAAGCCAAUUAUGAGGUGAACUUUGAGGAAGAACCAUGGAUAUGCCAGUUUCAAAAUCUGAAGGAAAUUUUGAGGCGGAAGAACGAGAGCACACAGAAGGAUGAAGUGCAAGCGGCAGGUGAGACAGACCGUGUUCAUAUAACAGGAGAGACGGACGAUGUUCAUAUAACAGGAGAGACAGACGAUGUACAUAUAACAGGAGAGACAGACGAUGUACAUAUAACAGGAGAGACAGACGAUGUACAUAUAACAGGAGAGACAGACGAUGUACAUAUAACAGGAGAGACGGACGAAAUGGACGAGAUGGAAAUAGUGGAUGAUGAAGAUGAAUUGGAGGUACUAGCCGAGUUGGGGAAGAACAUCUCAAAUGAAAGCGUCGACUCUUAUGGACACCCCGUGGAUGAGACAGAUAUGAAAGAAAUAAAAACGGAUGCUGCACAGAACGGAAUUGUCAAGAGGGAUUCGGGAGUACUAAAUUAUCAGAAGGGUAAUAACUGCUCAGGCGAGGGAAGUAAAAGCAGCGAUGAAUUUUUCCCAGAUAUAAUACGAGAUGGGGAAGCGGAACAUAAGGGAGGACAUCGAACAGAGGGCGUCAAUGAGGCGCAGGACGCGAAUGGGUCAGGUGAGACGAAUCAGACGAAUGAAAUAGAUGAGACGAAUCAGACGAAUGAAAUAGAUGAGACGAAUCAAACGAAUGAGAUAGAUGAGACGAAUCAGACGAAUGAGAUAGAUGAGACUAAUGAGACGAAUGAAAUAGAUGAGACUAAUGAGGCGAAUGAGGCCAAGGCAGCAAAGGGUAGUAUUGUCCAUGCUAAUGACGCCCCGGGAGAAGAUGCGAAAGGGGGUCAGAAAAAUAUGCGGAAAAAAAAAAAAGGAAGACCCAAAAGAAAAGGCAGGUGA